CCUCCUCCGCUAGUACUGUGGCACGGGCGCGCGCUACGAGCAGGCUCGGCCCUUGGCUCAAGAUGGCGGCGGCGGAUAAGCAGAAGCACGAACACGGACGGGUGAAGAUUGGGCACUAUAUCCUGGGCGACACGCUCGGCGUCGGUACCUUCGGCAAAGUCAAGGUUGGUAAACAUGAAUUAACUGGGCAUAAAGUUGCAGUGAAGAUCCUAAAUCGACAGAAGAUUCGCAGCCUUGAUGUUGUAGGAAAAAUCCGCAGGGAGAUCCAGAACCUCAAACUCUUCAGACAUCCUCAUAUAAUUAAGCUGUACCAGGUCAUCAGUACACCAACUGACAUUUUCAUGGUGAUGGAAUAUGUUUCAGGAGGAGAACUGUUUGAUUAUAUCUGUAAAAAUGGAAGGCUUGAUGAGAAGGAAAGUAGACGUCUGUUCCAGCAAAUCCUUUCUGGUGUGGAUUACUGUCACAGGCAUAUGGUAGUACAUAGAGAUCUGAAGCCUGAAAAUGUGCUGCUUGAUGCACACAUGAAUGCCAAGAUAGCUGACUUUGGUCUAUCAAAUAUGAUGUCAGAUGGAGAAUUUUUAAGAACAAGCUGUGGUUCCCCUAACUAUGCUGCACCAGAAGUAAUUUCAGGAAGAUUAUAUGCAGGUCCAGAAGUAGAUAUUUGGAGCAGUGGGGUUAUUCUCUAUGCUUUGUUAUGUGGAACACUUCCAUUUGAUGAUGAUCAUGUACCAACCCUUUUUAAGAAGAUAUGUGAUGGUAUCUUUUAUACCCCUCAAUACCUGAAUCCAUCUGUAUCUAGUCUUCUGAAACACAUGCUGCAAGUAGAUCCAAUGAAGAGAGCAACAAUCAGAAACAUUAGAGAACAUGAAUGGUUUAAGCAGGACCUUCCCAAAUACCUGUUUCCUGAAGACCCCUCAUAUAGUUCUACCAUGAUUGAUGAUGAAGCCUUAAAAGAAGUGUGUGAGAAGUUUGAAUGCACUGAAGAGGAAGUGCUAAGUUGUCUAUACGGCCAAAAUCAUCAGGACCCUUUAGUGGUUGCUUAUCACCUCAUUAUAGAUAAUAGAAGGAUAAUGAAUGAGGCCAAAGACUUCUACUUGGCUACAAGCCCACUGGAUUCUUUUCUUGAUGAUCACAAUCUGUCUCGACCUCAUCCUGAAAGAGUGCCAUUCUUAGUAGCUGAAGCACCACGUCCCCGCCAUACUCUUGAUGAGCUGAAUCCACAGAAGUCAAAACACCAAGGUGUAAGAAAAGCGAAGUGGCACUUGGGAAUACGGAGUCAGAGUCGACCAAAUGAUAUCAUGGCUGAAGUUUGUCGAGCAAUUAAACAACUGGAUUAUGAAUGGAAGGUUGUAAAUCCAUACUAUUUGCGUGUUCGAAGGAAGAAUCCAGUGACAAAUGCAUAUUCCAAAAUGAGUCUACAGUUGUAUCAGGUGGACAGCAGGACAUACUUACUGGACUUCCGUAGCAUUGAUGAUGAAAUUACUGAAGCAAAAUCUGGGACUGCAACUCCACAGAGAUCAGGUUCUGUGAGCAACUGUAGAUCCUGUCAAAAAGAUUCAGAUGCUGAUGCACAAAGAAAAUCUGCAGAUAUAUCCCUUACACCAUCAGUGAUCUCUUCACUUGAUUCUUCUAAAGCUGACUUAACUCCAAGACCAGGGAGUCAUACAAUAGAGUUCUUCGAGAUGUGUGCAAAUCUUAUUAAAAUACUUGCACAAUAAUUUUGAAAAUGGGCUUAUUUUUUUUACAGCAAUAAGCAUGCCUAAAUCAUAGUCAGAUGCUUCCAGUUUUAAUCAAGUUAAAUUAACUAAGGUGCUGAAAAAACUAGCCACAGAAUGCAAUUUGCAGAGGGAUUGGAAUGAUUAUUGGCAGUUAUGUAUAUUAUUUUGAAUCUGGAGUGAAUUCUGAUUGUCUGCUGUCCAAUAGCAUAAUACAGGUACAGGAAGUCACAUGCCCUUGGGGUAGUGUUCAUAACACAUUAGAAUUCAUAUAAUAUUUAAGUUAUGCUGACCUUCUUGGUUUUUUCACUGGUAAUACAUACAUCUAAUGCACUGUAAGUAAAUGUAUACUUACUAGUUCAAUGACUAAAGUAUGAAUUGUUGAUCAUCAUCUAUAGUUGUGCCUCAGUUGAUCAGAAUUUUCAGCAUCUAACAGUAAUAUGUUAAAACUGCUGUUUCCUCUCCCUUAUUUGGCAGUAAAUGAUAAAGGAUAGUUUUAAUGUAUUUGCCCUGGUUUUAGCUAGGGUAGAGUUAAUUUCUUCUCAGUAGGUGUUACAGUGCUCUGUUUUGGUUUCAGAAUGAGAAUGGUGUUGAUAACACACUGACGAUUUGGUUUUUGCUAAGUCAUGUCAUAAGUCAAGGACUUUUUUUUCCCUUGUCUCAUGCCCUGCCAGUGGGAGGGAGCAUAGCUGGGACAGGUGACCCAAACUGACCAAAGGGAUGUCCCACACCAUAGAAUGUCAUGGCUGGUAUAUAAACUUGGGGGAGUUAACUGGAAGGGGCUGAUCUGGGUUCGGAAGGGGGGGUUUAGCAUCAGUCAGUGGGUGGUGAGCAAUUGCAUUGUGCAUCAUUUGUUUGUUUCCUUUUUAUUAUAAUUAUUAUUAUUUACCAUAAUUAUUUUAUUUUACUUUAUUUUCAAUUAUUAAACUGUUCUUAUCUCAACAUACAAGUUUUAUUUCAAUUCUCCUCCCCAUUCUACCAGGGUGGGGGGGACAGAGGGGGGGUUGAGCGAGGGGCUGCAUGGUGCUUAAUUUCCAUCUGAGCUUAAACCAUGACAGCAUUAUAAUGUACUGCAUUUAAGAAUGGAUAAAUUUUAUUUAAUCCAUGCAAAUCCAGCCAGGUGGAAAUACAUGUAGGUGCUUUGUAAUGUGCUAAGAGUGAAAUUAUGUGGGCUGUAAGCAGAACAAUUCGGACAACAACAGUGGAGAGACAAUGCUGAGAAGACUUGGCACUCUGUGGGCUGAAACAAAAUGUGCCUCUGUGAAGGAGAACUGUCAGCAGAUUCCUUAUCUGUGCAGAUUUACUAGCCCAUAUCUUAGCAUGGUAGCAGCACAUCAGCUCCCCGCUGCUACUGCAGGCUGAGAAUCCUGUUCC